AGCAUCCAGAGCCGCUUUCCCCUCGAACAGGACAGUCGCACUGCAGCAGCGAGCCGAGAGGAGCUGACGGAAAAUACUUUCUGCAGCCGCGGAGUCGAUCCAUCCUGCAUCAGCUGAAAUGCUGCUCGGAAGAAGCCGACAUGUCCAAAUACUUCCACUUCUCAUUGCAGUCUGCCGUCUCACUCUGGCCUUCCCCACCCAAACUCCAUCUGCAUUUGAUGACGUCCGGCAGCUCCAGGUGAACAUCCCCCACUCAGGUCCAGUUUUCGCCCCACUGGGCAGCUCCAUUUCCAUCCCCUGCCUGGUAUCUCUGUCCUCCGCACCCACCUCUUCCUCUUCCUCCCCCGUUGCGCCACGAGUCAAGUGGACUGUGGUGUCCCGUGGGGUGGAGACGCAGAUCCUGGUAGCACGUGGUGAAAGGGUUAAGGUGAACGAAGCAUACAGAGACCGCGCCGCCUGGCUCAACUACACUUCCUCCCCCGAUGAUCUGUCACUGUGGUUGGGAGAUUUACGCUCCAGUGACUCGGGUCACUAUCGCUGCGAGGUGCAGCAGGGCCUGGAGGACGCCAGCGACCUCGUACAACUCAAGGUCAAAGGGGUUGUAUUCCACUAUCGAGACGCUUUGGGACGCUAUGCAUUCUCUUUCCAUCAGGCCCAGAGGGCUUGUGAAGCCAUCGGGGCACAAAUCGCAACUCCUGACCAGCUUCUGGCAGCUUAUUAUGACGGCUAUGAGCAGUGUGAUGCAGGCUGGCUGGCAGACCAGUCAGUCAGGUACCCGAUUCAAGUGCCCCGUGAAGGUUGUUAUGGAGACAUGGAUGGCCAACCAGGAGUGAGAAACUAUGGGACAAUGGAUCCAGAUGAUCUUUUCGAUGUUUACUGUUAUGUGGAAGAAACUGAGGGGGAGGUGUUUCAUGACCCCAUCCCACAGCAAUUGUCGUUUGAUGAAGCACAGUCAUACUGUAGAGCAGCAGGAGCACAGCUGGCUACAACAGCACAGCUGUACUUGGCAUGGAGUGAAGGUCUGGACCGUUGCAGCCCUGGCUGGCUGUCAGAUGGCAGUGUCCGCUACCCCAUAAUAACCCCUAGAGAGCGCUGCGGCGGGCCUCAGGCAGGCGUCAAAACCCUCUACCGCUUCAUCAACCAAACUGGCUUCCCAGAACCGUCCAGCCUUCAUGAUGUUUAUUGCUUCAAGGAUAAUAGAAAUACUCAUACCGACUCUCCCAUGGACUACAUGGCUACAGAGCCUGAGGACAUUGGGCGGGAUGUUGUUAUUCUUAUGGAAACAGAUCAAGAGCUGCAACUGAACCAACAUGCAGAACAGGUGGAGCUCAAAGCUCAACAGGUGGUUGAAUCUUUUCCCCUUCUCUCGAGCCGUUCCACUGAGGAAACCCUGGUUGAUACACACCCAACACUUACUACAGAGUCUUCCCUCAACACCACACCUACAGUGGACCUCCUCCAGGCAGUAGAUGACACUUCAUCCCCUACAGAAAUUAGCUAUGACUCCCAGCAUCUAACAGCAUUGAUGAACAGCACUGUCAGCACUACAGAAAUCUAUGAUUCCCCACAAAACACAUCAUUACCAUCCAGUGUUUACAAUGAGACAGAUUCCCACCACAUCUUGAACGCCACCUUUCACCGGUCAGAGCCUGAAAGCACCACAGAGUUUCCCCAAUCAUCAUAUGAACCUCACACAAAUAACCAGACAGUCACAGAGACAAAUCCAGAAGAGAAUAAACACCCAUCUGAGAGGCCAAUGGAUUCCAAAGAAACACAAGAGACCAGCCUGAAUUUUGACAGAUCACAAGCUAAUUACAGCGAGACAGACAGCAAUCACACUCACGAGGAGAGUUUCAGGGAGGUGACCGUUAUGACCCUUGACCCUGUGGUUCAGGUGAAGCUGGAGGAGGCAGCAGGAGAAUAUCCUGUACAGAUGUCUCUCCCAACUCUGGCCUCAAAAGAGGAAGAACUCAUUACACAACCAGCACAAACUAUGGAAUCAUCCAUCAAGGAGCUAACCUCCCUCUGGACGCCUCCGGACGGCUCUGGGGAUAUUUCUCAAGAGAGGGACCCUGAUGUCGAAGCAGUUGGCUUCACCUCCAAAUCAGAGUCUUCCACUUCCAGCUUCACCACUCACCCAUCACCCUCUGCUUCAGCUAGCAGUGCUCCUGCUGAGUCUCAGACUGCACUCCCCGAUCUCACCCUCUCAUCUGCGUCACAGCACUCGGACAAACUGGACUUGGAUAUCCUCUCCACAGCGCCGCAGUUGUGGGAGUCUUCCGUUUCUAAACAGGAGGGGAGUACGAGCUUAGAAAUUGAAGACACAGUCACCAUGGAGAGUGAAGAAAGACAGCUGCACACGACAAAGUCUGUGGAAGACCACGUUUCUGGAGUAACAUUAGCUACCACUGAGUCUCCAGAGGGGUUGAACACCACUCAGUUGCCUACUGAUCCCACCACAGCACGGUAUCGAACAUCAGGUUACAGAGUGUAUUUGGACACUGCAACCACUGGGUAUGAAGAGGCAAGUGGACAUGAACCUGGUACAGCUGCUGAAACCCUUGGAGAAGACGUUAAAGUUGCUCCAACCAUCGAAGAGGAUGUCAAAGUUAGCCACAUCAUUGAAGAGGAAAAUAAAGUUAACCUAACUCUUGAAGAGGAAGUUGCAGUUACCCCAACAAUUGAAGAAGAAAUUAAAGUUUCCCCAACUCUUCAAGACAAAGCUGAAGUUUCUUUUUCACUGGAGGAUGAAGUUAGCGUCACCCCCACCCUUGCUCUUGAGGAAGAAGCUAAUGCUGCCCCAACCCUUGAAGAAGAAGUUAACGUUGCUCCAACCCUUGAAGAGGACUCUAACAUUGCCCCAACGCUCGAAGAAGUUAAUGGUACCCCAACCCUUGCUCGUGAAGAAGAAGCUAGCAUUGCCCCAACUGUUGAAGUUAAUGUUGCCCCAACCCUCGCUUCUGAAGAUGAAGCUGAUACUGCCCAAUACUUUGAAAAAGAAACUAAAGUUUCCCCAACCCUUGCCCUCCAAGAACAAGCUAAUGUUACUCCAACCUUUGAUGAAGAAGCAAACAUUGCCCCAACCCUUGAGAAAGAAGCAAACAUUGUUCCAACCCUUGAGAAAGAAGCAAACAUUGUCCCAACCCUUGCCCCCAAAGAACAAGCUAGCCUUGCCCCAACCAUUGAAGAAGAAGCCAAUGUUGCCCCAACCUUUGAGGAGGACUUUACCGUCUCUCCUCUUGAUUCACAAACAUCUAACUGGGCUCCGCUGACCACCACAACUGGACCCCAAGAGUCUCUGAACGAUCUAGAGUACAGCAGAAAAACUUCCUCCAUCACCUCCACAGCAGCUCCAGAUUCCUCCUCGAGUACAAAACCCACUGCUGCGACCAUGAAGACAACUACCGCCGCCAUCACCACCACCACCCACUGGUUCAGACGCAACUGGAGCCCUACCACCUCUGCGCCAAAGGUUUUCCACAAGACAGCCGAGCCCAAGAAGGUGACAGCCUUCAUACCACCAGUGGAUCAAGGUCUGGUGGAUGUUGAGUUUAGUCUCACCCAGCCGCCCACCCUGCUUAUCUUGCCCAAUGAGAGGGCAGCUGUAGGCGGUACAGGGAAAGCUUCAGAUGCCUGUGUGGGCGACCCCUGUCUCAAUGGAGGCACCUGCACUGACCGAGACGGGCAUAUUAAAUGUCUCUGUUUGCCAACAUACGGAGGAGACUUCUGCCAGACCGACGUGGAGCAGUGUGAGCCGGGGUGGGAUAAGUUCCACGGCUUCUGCUACCGACACUUCGGCCAGCGUCUGAGCUGGGAGGUCGCAGAGCAGCACUGUCGUAUGCUGGGAGCUCAUCUGGUGUCCAUCAUGACCCCUGAGGAGCAGAGCUACAUCAACAGCAACUACAAAGAAUACCAGUGGACCGGUUUGAAUGAUAAGACCAUUGAGGAUGACUUCCGCUGGUCUGAUGGAAACCCGCUGCUGUAUGAGAACUGGUACAGAGGACAGCCAGACAGCUACUUUCUAUCUGGUGAAGACUGUGUAGUGAUGGUGUGGCAUGAUGAUGGACGCUGGAGUGACGUGCCCUGCAAUUAUCACCUUGCAUACACCUGCAAGAAAGGCACCUCCUCCUGUGGUCCACCGCCCAAGGUCCGAAAUGCCUCCAUAUUUGGAAAAGCUCGACAGAGAUACGAGACCAAUGCAGUGGUGCGUUAUCACUGUGCUCAGGGUUUCCAGCAGAGACUAAAUCCUCUGGUCAGGUGUCUGUCUGGAGGCAGGUGGGAGAGGCCCCAGAUCCUGUGCAUCCCUGAGGCCGGAGGUCCAACCCAGCACCCUGAAGUGACGUCACUGACCAACAGCAACUUUGCCGCCAUUGAAGACGAGUUUGAAGCCACUAAAGAGACACCGCAGUACUGGGACAUCAAGUUUUAAAACUCAGCCAUGCUUUCUUUGUCUUCCUUUUUCUACAUUCUGCUGUUGUAACUUGAGAAGAUGACAAGAAUUAAAUGCUUUUUACCAAUGAACAAACAGGACAAAAUGAACCACAGAGGCAUAGAGACACAAGGUUUUCCCCUCAGCCAAGUAGCACAGACAAUAUUUUCCACUGUACUUCGGCCGUGAGAUUUUAAGAGUUUAAUGUAGUGACAAGCAGAGUGAAAAAAGUUAAAGUGAUUAGCUGAUGAGUCCUUAGAAAUAAAGUAAAUGUGUGAACUCUAAAUUACCUCUUCAGCUACAGAUCUGCAUUACAGUUAAGAACUGUUCUCUUUGUGGUUAUUUUUUCAUAAAAUGGUGCUAAUAUCUUCAAGACCUUUGUAUCCAACAGAGAUUUUUUUGUUGUUUGUGUGAUGUAGGAGUAGAGAAAACUUUUUCAAAGAAUCUUAAUGUCUCCAAAGCACAAAGUCAAUCUUAACAAAUAGUCAGUGAAUACUGUACAUAUAUUAGUUUUCACACUUGUGAUUGCUGUCCGCAUUUUUCUGAGGGAAACCUUUUAUUUCCA